CAGCGAGUGAUUACCUUGAAAACAUUCUUUCUAAUAUUUCUCAGUAUGAAAGAAACGGUUUCGAUUACCAACGGAUGGCCUUGUAUUAUUUUAAAUAAAGGAAAGCAAAUAAAGUUUUUAAAAAGUUUUAAACAAACCAGAAUAAAGCCUGUAAGAAAAGAUAUUUAAAUGUUUGCAAGAUCAAGAGAGCAACGGAUUUCGAUACAAAGGCUUAACGAUCGAGAACAGUCGAGACUGGGUGGCUGGUCGGUUGUGGGUAGUUUACCAGUCAUCUUGUAAGACACAGAGGAGGAGUUCAGUUCCUGAGGCAGUUGCCACAAAGAUGCCGAGAAUGGUUCUGGUUGUAGCCUUGUCAUUGACGGUUAAUGCACUUACGAUCGUCUGCGCGAGGUCCACUGAGGUCAAAGGUUCUUCGUGGACACGCAGCCUGCACCAGGACAAGACUUUGGUGAUGGAGGCGUCCUUCACUACCAUCUCCGCCCUGCACUGUGCAGCUGUGUGCAGCUCCCGGCAGGUGGCGUGUCCGUCCUUUGCGUUUGAUGCUGUGCGACGCCUGUGCUGUUUGAAUAUCACCCUGACACAGACACCUGGGCACAAUGUCACCCUCUUCUCCAGGGUGCAAGAAACUGUCACUUCUUCAGAGGUGGGACUGCAGACGACAACAGGUGUGUCUACAGGUGUCAUCAUUUCAACGAUAACCACUUUCAGCAGCACCCUCCAGACGCCGGGUAGAUGCUCGGCUCACCCUGACUUCUACUUGCUUGCUGAUGGCAGCUCUUGCAUCAAACCGGACAUAUCGAAGACCUUCACCUGGGCAGGUGCGCAGACAUGGUGCGCGGGUAUGUCCGCCACCUUGGCCAGGAUUCGUGAUGUCGCCAAACGAGAUGCGAUCACCAAUGCUUUGAAGAAUGCUCCCAACUCGGCGGCGUACGUGCAGUACUGGGUGGAUGGCUCGGACCAACAAGAGGAAGGGUCGUGGGUAUGGGGGGACGGGUGGCCUGUGGAUUUUAGCAUCUUCAACGCGGUGUCCCCGCCCAACGACACUCAGAGAAACUGUCUCGUGAUGACAGUUGGGUCCCCGAGAAGCUUUAAAAGCGAAUAUUGUAUUAAUUACCAAUAUCCUUUGUGUGAGAUGCUGGAUGGCUAAUGUCCUGCUCAUGUCAGAAACUGUCAGCAGCUUGCAUCCAUCCUUUCAGCCUAUCCACCUCCCACAACAAAACUUUUCCUUAUUUGUUGCUAUAGCUCGUAAAUAAAGAAUUUACAAUUAUUGUAAAACUUAUUUUGUCACACACAAAAUAUUUAAAAGAACUAUAAUCAACACAGCAGUGUUUUAAGUGUUGCUGAAAGUUUCUCUGCGCAAUAUUUAUCUUCAGUGGAACAAAGGCUGCUAAUAGAUUGUUGCUCUUGCUUUAAUUUGGUCAACAACAACAACAGUAAUCACAAUAGUCUGAUCUGGGCUGCAUACUUUGACAGCAGUUGUGUGUCUGAACAUGGUGGAGCUGCCAUCUUCGGAAAGCAACAUCUACUCUUGUUUCGUUCUGUAAAUCUCUGCUUCCUUGUUGCCGUUCACCAUGACGUGUAAAAGCUGCCCUCCAUUCCAGACUGCAGGCCGUUGGUCUGGCAGUUUGCUGUUGCAUGGCAUCAGAUCGAUGUCGUCUGCAAAGCUCAAGAUGCUUCAAGACCUCCCACCCAUGCAAAUGGAAGUGUGAUGUCGUGAAAGGUUUCUCGCAUGAUCAUCUCCUAAAAGAUGGUUGAACAGAAGAUGAUAGGGGAACCUCUGUGAAAGAAAUCACCCGUUUGGUUAAUUGAAAAGCACUGCGCUCACUGAGCUUUGGCUUAGUGCUUUGAGGACUUGAAAGAGGCCUUCGUCGAUGAUCACAUGCCACAGUUCAAACACCUUGUAAAUCAAAGAAAUUAUAGAAAAGAUCCAGCUUU